AUGCUCUACACCUCCCAAAUCAUCGACAACCUCAUUAUGGCAUCCCGAAAGCCUAAGCAGACUGCGACAGUCGCCAAGAGCAUGAAGGCUUCCACUGGUGGAAGAGUAGCCAAGCGCAGUCACAAGAAGCUUCGCUUUCAUGCAAACGGCCUGCUUAAUGUCGAGCAAAAGACAGGGAAGUACCUCAAGAUCGCGAGACAGAACCAGCGGAACUCCCCAUUACUGCGGUUGCCAGCGGAGAUCCGCAACUUGAUCUUCGGAUAUGCACUUGGUGGUAGGACAUUCCACAUCAGCCACAACAUCUAUCAAGAUGUCACAAAGAACACAAAUGUCUCAAAGAACACAAGUGUCUCAAAGAACGCCCUCGCUCUACUCGCUGUCUGCCGACAGGUCUUUGCUGAAACCGCUUUGCUACCCUUCAGCUCGAACACCUUCUCAGCUAUACAUCCCCAAGUGUUCAAUAUGUGGAUCGAAGACUUUCCCUCGGUCUUCGCUGAAGCUGUCACUUCGGUACGCCUUCAUCCCUGCGUAGUGUUAUCUCUUUCGGAUCAAUGGCUGGACCUUCAUGACGGCAUACCAGAUAGGCAGGAUCUUAGGCUCGGCCACAGAGACAAGCGACUGUCUUCGAACUUGACCUCUCUCAAGAACGUACAGCUUGUUGUGGGCAUGGUGAUAAGAGGCUCCAAGCAAGAUAGCAACAAGCCGCAAGAACGCGGUUGGCAGUUCAUAAAAGGUCUGUAUGAGGCAGAGAACAGCAAGGUCGAAUUCACCAGAGGUUGGAGACUGCCCAUGUUUUACUAG